UCGCGGACUUCGGGCUAAACGCACCGGGCGCGCUCAUUCGCCGCCACCGUCGUAUUCGACAUUUAUUUAUAUUAUAAUGUAUGCCUACCAAUAACACCGCAGCCGCAUCGCCGAACGCCGUUGUUUUCGUUGUCGCCGCCACAAUAAUAUAUUGAGAUCCGCCGUACGCAAUUUGCAUAACCGCAGUGAGUAUAUUUUCAUUGUGCACCCCUCAAAUAGAUGUAUAAUUUUACCGUUGCAUUACGUUUGGUUGUCUGACCAAGACGAAAAUAAUAGUGCGUUUAUUUAAUCGUCCAAUCGUCCAACGAUCGGCAACGAUAGAGCCGCGUAUAAACUUUGUGGAUGACGCGUAGAGGGAAUAGUACCCGAAUGGAAUUUGGUUUUUUUUUUUUUUUAUUUUCCCGCGCGGAGGGGAACAGCCGGCGCAUAUACCUACUGUGCAAUCUCGCGACGUUGACGAGGGGGCGUCCUUGAACCGCAGUCGUUCAACAAGUAGGCAACCCACCUGUGUAGCGUCCAGCCUUAUACCGUUCGCCGACGGGUCUUUCACUUUACGCCGGCCAAACCGCAUUUAUAAUAAUGAUAAUGAUAAUAAUAUUAUGUUCGGGUGGUAUACCAUAAUAAUAUUAUUAUUAUUGCCCAACGCGCCGCCGUCGUCGGGGUAUGGUGUAAUCGGGUCGCCGUCGUUGCUGCCGCGCGCGCGCUCGCGAGAGAAUGACAUAAUAACGUCUCGGCGUUUUUUUUUUUUUUUUUUUUUUUUUGUUUUUUUUUUUUCAGACCGCGCACUUGAACGCUGCCCGCACGUUCGCCCGGCAUAAUGCGACGCGGUGCCCACCUAUAAAUACCGUCGUCCGGGACCGUGGUCGAAACCGCAAACGCAUUAUCGGUUAUUAGUUGUUUAUUAGCGUUAGGCGCACUAAUUAGUACAUUGGACUAAUUUAUUCGUUAACAUGAUGGUAGAUACCGAUUCGAUUGACCGCGUGCCGCCCCGUACGGUGGCGCCGGUCUGCAUUCUAGCGCCCGCGCGGUGCGUACAAAUUUUAACCACUACCCGCCCCUCGCCAAACACCUCACACAAUGUCGUUACAGUUUAGGUCCAAGGUCAACAGUUCCAGUAGGUUCCAGUAGGACUCUUGUGCAACACUGUUUUCUAUAUUUCUAUAUGGGUGCUGCACAUCUAUCUGUGCCAUAACCAAAUGUGGAGAUCGGUGGUCGAUCGGUGUGACUUAGCGCUCUAAAACGUAUACCAAGUCCUAAGUUUUAAUUAACUUUUCAACCGACUUAACAUAAAUUAACUUAUAUUAUUAUUUAAAUGUAUAGACCGGUAGAUAGGUAUAUUAUAUAUUGUCAUUGAAAUUUAGUACCUUCGGAUGUGAGGGCGAAGGUUUUUCAAGUUUCUUGAGUGGGAAAAAUAUAAGUCCUGUCUCACAAAAUUUCUCACUAUAAAAUAACAUACAUAUACAGUGGAACCUCGAUAACUCGAACCUCUAUAAGUCGAAUUUUCGAUAACUCGAAGGAAUACCUUGGCUCCUGGCUUCCAAAAUAUGAUAUGUGAUAUAUAUAUGAGGUUUUCCAUAAGUCGAAUUUUCGAUAACUCGAAUUUUUUUUUCGCCCCCAACCGAUUCGAGUUAUCGAGGUUCCACUGUAUAUUGUACAUUGUAUAUUGUUGACAAAGCAUCACUAUCAACUGAACUCCGCUCAGAAUGGGUUUUUCAUAAGCAAUAGUUUAUUGUUGCUUAUAGAUGUACAUUAUGUACAAUUAUCUAUAACAGUGGCUGCACCCGUUCCCAUUAUCCUAGGACGUCUUUUUUGCUCAUCGUCUUUUUGCGUGGUUGGUUUUUAGGCACCCAUGGGCUCAUCGCUAGACUAUAAUCGCCGGGCAAACUUAAAUUUACUAGUAUAAGUAACUAUAAAGUUACUUAUAAUCUACUCAUUUUUGAUCUGCUUUUAAAAUUACAUUUAGUGACGCCCAAUUUGUGUUAUUCUAGUGUAGCACAACGUGCUUAGCACAUUGACUCAACAAAUCCUAUACGUCUCUUAAUAAUUUCUUAUUAAUAGUUCACUAAGAUAUAAUUGUCUUUUAAAAAACUACAUUUCGAAUUGUACAUGGUAUCAGAUUUUUACAUACUAUUAUUAUAACUUAAUUUUUACAUAUGCAACCCUAGUCCUUUCAAAUCAUCAUCACCCAUAUGCGUUUAACGAAUGUUACGCUUUUAACCCAGGGUUGGAAUUCCGUACAAAAGCAAAUCGGGCAGGAACCAUUUAUUAGUAGACGGUAUAUUUUAUUUCGAAUUGAAAAAUAGAUCGUAAUAAUAAUGUUGUAAUUGAAUCACAACACGUACUUCUUCUUAAGAGGUCGUCACAUUUUUAUUUCUCAUCUCUGCAGUCUUUCUAAUGGGCGUCGACAAUAAGUACUGUUGUAGUAAACAUAUUGUGUUCAAGUAAACUGGACGAAAAGACCUCGAAAAUCGAUUUUAGAUAAUAAACACCUAUUAUAUUUUUGGGUAACAACAUGUUUUUGAAGACAAUUCCAUCGGAGUGUCUUUCUAAAUUUUCGACCCAUUAUCGAAGUUACAAAAAUCGCAUUUAAUAUAUUUUUAGAUUCUUGGUAAAGCGAGGAAUAUGUUAGUUUUACUAUGAUGUGUGUGUGUUUAUUUUCUGUUUGUAUACAAUUGUUCUAUCAGAAAUCUUGCUCUAAUCAAAUAAUGCCCAAAAAACCUUUUUUGUUACCUCUUGGUUCUAGUUGGCACUUAAGUAGGUAGGCGAAUGGGGCAGAAGCAUCAUUUGUGUAACGACACCGCGACGCUAGUGUAAAAUACCUCACUAGGUAUAUUUAGUGAUUCACUACUGUCCUCUAAUUCACAAAACGGCAAACUUAAAAAUGGAAUAUCUCUUCAGCGGAUUAUGAAAACUAAAACAGACAAUACCAACUUUAUGUAACUUACUUUCCCACCUACAACGGGGGCAUACUCAUCCCCAGUAUCAGAUUAUUUUAAGUUUUGAUUUUAGUUUAGUUAUUACUGUACAUAGGUACGAUAGGUACCUACACAAUGAUUGAAAUAUUACAUGUGAAAUAAAUUUUAUACUCUUAUUUUAUGUAGUGUAUAUUUAUUUAGGAUCGUGUAAGAACAUGGCUUUUUGGUGGUUGCUGCAGUCGGCAAUGUGGUAUGCCGCCAUUCUGGUGCUAGCCAAUCCAUUGACGCCAACCGUAAUCAUGGAGGUUUUGCCCAAAUUGCCGUUGUUCAUUAUACAACGUUUAGGAACUAUUCCGAUCGAAUCCAUUUAAACGGGACGACCGUAAAACUGCGUCACAGUCGCUCGUUCGAAGUUGCGUCAAAAUUAUGAUUCCGAUAUAAUAUUAUUAUUAUAAUGUAAUAUUAUAAUAAUAAGUAUUUAAGUAAUGGUAAUAGGAAGCUGACUAGGUGGCCUUCUGACCGGUUUGUUUCCAAACGGACAGCGUACCGUUGAAAAUAGUCUGACCGAACACAGUGUCCUACCGACGACCACUACUACUGCCCGAGUUCAAUAAUGAAAAUGAUUAAGGUAUGCUUAAAUAUUAUUUAGUACGAUUAAAAUAAUGUCUAAUUAUAAGUUCGUUUGUUAUGUUUAAGUACACUGAUUAAUUAAUUAGUUUUUUUUUUUUAAUUUCUUAUUCGACGUACGUUCAAUUCGCACGGUACGCUGUACACAAUAGUUUUAAAAAAUAUUAAGUACUUAAUGCGAUGCUUUUACUCGUACGAAAUAAAUAAGCAUAUAUCCUGUGUUUCGGCUGUUAAGCGUAAACACAAUAAAACGAGUAAAUCUUCAAACAUAAUAUUCUAUUUGGGAGGUAUUGAAAUUUAUUAUAAUCACGUUUGUACUUGAAACAUACUGAAAAACCGUACAUAAAUUUAUAAUCUGUUGUACAUAUAGGAGUAUAAGAUGCAAUAUUUUGUUCCGAAUUUAGUUGUCGCAUAAAUGAAUCAUACAAGUUGUACAUUUUGAUUUUUUUUUUUACAUUAACACGACAUACUAUUCAUUUUCACUACUAACAAAAUGUUUUUAUAAUUUUUUCUAAUAUAUUCCCCCUAUAUUUUAAAUUAUAAGUGGAGCGAGGAAUAUAUUGGUUUUAUAAUGAUGUUAAUUUUUUUUUUUUCAUACUGUGUACACAAAUUCUACCAUAAAUCUUGCUCAAAUAUAUACGCGUGGCACCAUGUAUGAAAGGGAAUGUUGUCUAGAUGGUACUUUUGGCACGUUUUUUUUUUGAAAUUCUCAUUAAUAUUGGAGAUAUUGAGGAAUAUCUCGGUCGUUAGGUGAAAAAAGAUUGAUAGAUUGAAAAUAAUGUGUUUUAUUUUUUGUUAUUAUUAAGUUUUUAUUAUUUUAAUCUUUUCAAAACAAUUAUUGUUGUCGUGGAAACGUACAUUGUUAUUUUACCAUAAUAUGACGUAUUCCAUGUAUUGUAUUGUUAAUAAAACAACAUUAUCAACUGAACUCCGCUCAUAAUCGUUUUUUCGUUAGCAAUGGCUUAUCUUUACUUAAAGGUAUACAUUAAAUUCCCGUCUAUAUCCUACUUUCUCAACUUCCCACCUACAACAGUAGCUGUACCCACGUACAAAGUAUGUCCGUCCUUUUUUGUUCUAAAUUGUAUAAGUGUAUUUUUAACAUUUAAUUUGCUUGUAUUGAAAACUAUUUAAAAAAUUGACUUAAACCUUUUUGCUUCUGGGCAGUAGCGGAUUUUCAACAUUUUUCUGGGAGGGGUCCUGAAAAAUCAUAUGUAUUUAAAAAAGGUAUCUCUAUUAAUAGAUGCCAAUUUAGGAUGAUAUUUAAUUGAAAUUAUAUCGUUAUCUGGGGGAAUCCAGACCCCCAGGACCCCCUCUCCCUCCAUAAAUCCAUACAUUUCUCUGAGACGAAAGAUGUUAUAUUACCGGGUAGGGCUUUCAAGGGGAUUUUUUUAUUAUCAUAAUAUAUUAAUUAUACUAUAUUCACAUACAUUGAAUGAUUAUAUCUUGUGAAAUUCACUAUGUAUAGCCAUCACACUUUGAGAUACACAGUGUACUCGCAGUAUAAGCCAUAGCCAUAGUAAUGAUGGUUCAGAAUUAUUUAAGCAGAAUCUUAUUAGUUGUAUAUUUUUUGUUUUUAACACGAAUAAUAAUGUUAGUCUUAUUACAUGAAUUUUUAAAACUACCCACUAGGCAUUUUUUAUCGGCUGAUGAGUUACACCCGAUUUUUAAGUACUUACAUAGGCAUGUAUAUUUUUUGUACUUCAUAACCUGUAUGGUGUUGCAUUUGCAUUGAUUAAAUCCUGGACGGACGCAUGAAAAAAUACGAAUUAUUACCGUUAGUUUUUAACAGUUAUUUGUUAUUUUAUUAUUUAUUCUUUUUUGUAAACUGAUCACUUAAUUUUCCGGGGUGGGGAGGUAAUUUUAUGGUAGUUUUAAUGCAAUAUUUCAAUCAGAGUUUGGCUGCAUAAUAGUUCCGUCCGAUUAUAAAAAUUUAAUUUUAAGAUAUAUUUAACACCGGACUUAACUAAACAUUUUUUAAAACAUAUAAAUUUGUUUUUAUAUCAGUAGAUAUAGACUGUAUAUUUUCUUUUCUAUAAUAAUUUCGAGAUAUUGUGUAUAAAUACAAGUUAUGAAUUGAUGUCGAUUAUCGAACAGCUAUUGAUUACCGAUUAGGUAUCAUUGUACUUGUUAACUAUUAGAUAUAUUUAAAUUUAAAAUGAAUAUUAGUAUUAGUUCUUAAAUAUCAUUUAGAAAAAUUUCAAAUUUGCUGAUUUCAAUUACGAUUACACUCGUAAUUGAAAUUUGUUAUACACGCUCAAAACAAACUUUUCUGUGUAAUUUAUUUAUUUGUUUAAUAAUUAUACGCCCUGAAGGACAUUGGUAAUGAUUCGAUUGUGAAACGGUGGCCUAAAUAUUUGAUAUUCAAAAUUUAUUAUCAAUUAUAAUAAUAUAUCAUGGAGUGAAUUCGUAUAAAAAUGUAUUUUAUCUAUUCGAUCUAUUUAAUUUGAUGCAUUACUAAUGAUGCCAUUUUUAUUGGUUUUCCUUAUAGUUUUCUUAAUGAAAACUAUUAACUAGUAAUUUUUUAUUGAUUUCUGGUUUGACACCCUGGAAAAAAUUGGGAAAAUACGACUAAUAUAAUAAUAACACUGCUGGAAUGGUUUUUCGUUAGCAAUGGUUUAGUAAUUGUAGCGGAGAAUCCGUAUUACAGGUAUGAUAUAAUAAUAUAUUAAGUAUUUUUAUUCUGAACUGAAUUAUAAUAAUGUAUUUGUUUUACUAUGGUAUUUUUUUGUGUCUACAAAUAAUUUGUCGAACAAUAUUUUGCUUCAAUUAAAAACCGACAAGAGAGUUUUUUAUAGUAUUUUGGAUGUAAUUGGUGCGUAUUGAGAGUUUUUUUUUUACUUUUGAAGUAUUUUUCAAGUAUUUGACAAAAUCGGGAAAAUAUACACCUAUAUAGACAAAAAUGAACAAAUUUACGACAGUUAAAAUUUCAUUAUUUUAGAUUUUUUUACCAGAAACAUUGUUCAAAAUUUCACAAAUAGUGUAUUUUUUGAAAGAAAAAGUGUUGUCUAGUUGGUGACCGAUACCGUUUUACAAUUUUUUGUACAGUUUUCUUAAUAGUUUGGAAAAACGGGAAUGUUUUCGGCAUAAACGAUUUCAUUAUUUUUGGUUUUAAGAAGUGUAUAUAAGAAAUAUUAUAUAGAGAUUAAAAAAGAAAAUAAUAAUACAAAAUAUUUGUAAUGAUUAAUUACCUACAUAUUGUGUAUACCGAGUGUCUAUUUCCAAUUACGUUAAAAUAUAUACAUUUCCAAUAACUUCCUGGAUUGUGAGAUUUAUUAAGCGUGAAGAUAUUACAAAUUCACAAACAACAUUAUGGUAAUCUAUAAUCUAUAUAAUAUCUUCAAGGACUCGACAAAUCUGUACAGUCAUUAUAGAAUGUUGCAGUGAUGAGAUAAGUUUCUUGCGAACACUUAGGGUUGAUAAAAUGUACUAGAAACUACUGCAGGAAUACCGACGCGUGGUAACCACUUUCAAGGAUCCCUAACAUUUAAAUUUACUUCCUGUUCAGUGCAGUAACUAAUACAUAUACUUAUACAACACGUAAAACACACAACUUCUUUGUUCAUAGAUGUAUUCUUUUGGUUUAUUAUCUACCUGAUAGUAAAAAUAAUUUUAAAAAAAUUGAUAUUUAUUUACAUUUUUAUAUGUAUAUAAAAAAUUUAGAUUUAGAGUGAAUUUUUAUCAUUAUAUUUUUCCUUAUUUUGACGAAAAUGUUUCUAUUUAUUUGCAGACGAUUUUCUAGGAUGAAAAAUAAUUAUCUUCUUAGUAAUAAUUAUUUAGGCAAAAUAUACCUUGAAAAAAAAAAACAUGAUUCAUGAACAAUUGUAAUUUAUUUUGUAAUUAUAAAUUAAUACAAUUGAUAAGAAUAAACCUAACCACCAGGCCGCCGUAAUCUUACCUAGCCCGCCUCGCUGAUUGCACAUUUGUACUAAUUAAUCAACUAAGUACAAAUAUUUGUGCUGCACAGUUAUUUAAUUUGCAAAAUAACUUCAAGAAAACGCUUCAUAUAAUAAACGUAGAUACAUUUUGCUUGAAUUAUCAUCUAAUUACAUUUAAUUAAAUAUUUUUAGCCCCUCCCCUUAUUUAAAAAUCUCGGGUUCACUGCUGAUUCACACUUAUCUGUUAUCUUAUUUGAGAUAGUUAAAAAUUCAAAUAUUUAUUAUCUUUUAUCUUCUUCUAAACGUAGAUAAAUAGAUUGUACUUGGCUACUUAUUUUUCUAGCACUGUUUAUAGGUACUUAUCAACAAAAUAUAUUUUAACAUUUUUAUUUCUAAACUUUGUUAAAAAAUGUAGUUUUUAUGAUACAGGGUGACCAAUUCUUGAUAAGACACUCCAUCAUUAUUUCAGAAGGUAUUAAUUAUUUUCGAUAAUUUAAGAGACAAGCAGUACUAAAUUGUUACAUUACCCAUUUUCAAAUAGCAAUCUAUAUUAAAAGACGCCCUAGCAUAAUGGAGACGGGUGCAGUCAUUGUUAAUUUGUAUAGGUAAUUUAAUGUAUAUCUGUAAGCAAUGAUAAACCAUUGCUAAUGAAAAAAUGAUUCUGAGCGGAGUUCAGUUGAUAGUGAUGCUUUGUCAACAAUAUAUAUGUCAUAUUAUAGUAAGAUAAUUAAAUACGCAUUAUAUAUUCGUUUAAUAUUGUACCGAUUUUAUUAUGUUUUUUCCCGAUUUUUUCCAUUUAUUGGAAAAAUUCUUGGAAAAAUCGAAAAACUACCUCCUUAAAAUAUCUUCCCAGUCAGAUUUUCGUUCAGAAAAGUGCUAUAAUUUUUAAAUCGGAGCGAAAUUGCUGAUAGAAAAGUUUUACAAAGAAAAAAAGGUCAUAAUAUUUUUUACUAAUACCUACAUUUUGUACAUUUUUCGUUUGUUGAAAAUUUUACUACGUUUAGAAAAGGUAAAUAUAAGUUUUCUGUCUAAAUUUUAAGUCUCUACGAACAUUUUAAACUGAAUUACAACAAAUCACACGAUUAAAAAAUAAUAAAAGCAUUAUUUUCGUAAAUUUCCCGUUUUUCUUACCAGGUAUUAUGAAAACCGCUUGGAAAAUCAAAAAAUAACGUUCCAAAAGUACCAUCUAGACAACAUUCUCUUUCAUACAUGGUGCCGCGCGUAUAUAUCUGAGCAAGAUUUAUGGUAGAAUUUGUGUACACAGUAUGAAAAAAAAAAAAUAGACAUCUUAGUAAAACCAAUACAUUCUUCGCUACACCCAGAAUCUAAAAUUCUAUAAGUAGAUGACAUUUUAGUUUAAAAUAUAUUUUAGUGUGAAAAUUUGUAAUUUCCAUCGACCCGUUGUCGAGAUUAAAAUUAUUUUAUAUAAAAAAAUAUAUAUAUAUAUUUUAAUUGAACAAUUUUAUUUAUAGGGGCUCUUAAUAGGAAAUACGCUGUAGUAAUUUGAUUUUUGUUUGUAACAUGAUAGGUUGAAUUAAUCUUUGCUAAAAUAAUACAUGUAUAUAUUAAUUAUUAUUGUAAUAAAAUUAUAAAUUAUUAUUAGGUAGCUUUAAGGUUAAUACUGACGUACCGUAGAAUUGCGUGUAUAGGUUAUAAGUGAAAUAACCACUCAAAAUCAAAAAUGGAAUGUUCUGUUAUUAGAUUUACAUAUCUAAAUAUCUUAUACUUACUCUACUAUCGAUAGAAUAAUCGUUUUGAAUACUGGUGCAAAUUACAAAACGCAUUUACGUAGAUACCUGUUGUAGGUAGUAUAAAUCGAACACAUCGGGUAUAAAAAUAGUACCUAAAAUCUAAAUACAUAUUUUCUUCGCGUCCGAACGUUCUGAAUUUUUCAAUCGACUAUUGGUAGGCAUAUGUUAUUUAAUUUGUAUGCAAUAUGUUUUAUAAAGCAAAAAAAAAAAAAUUAAAAAAAAUACUUAUACUGUUCUGGGUAAUAAUUAUUAACUAUUACUAGAUAUUUCAUUUUUACAAUAGAAAAUAUUAUGUCUGAAUGUAUGAAAUGUUUGCCUGCUAGGUAUAUCUACUAUAUAUUAUACAUUGGUAAAUAAUAUACUAUUAUAUUUGAAAUAUUUGAAAAUGAAAUAAUUAUCAGUUUUUUUUUUUUUAUUAAAUAAGAUCCGCGGCUAUUAGGCCAUUGUACGUUACAAUGCGUUACAAUGAUUAUCAGUUUUGUAUUACUAUGUAGAUAAGAAUGAGUAGGUAGAGAUCGUAUACAAAUUAUAUUAUGAUCUAGGUUAGACAUUGAUAUUUGAAUUUUAUAAUAUCAUCAUCAUGAUUUCCCGCUGUAUUAAAACAAAAUAUAUGUAUAUUUGUGUAUAAUAAGAGGUACUUACAAACAAACUGUACAAAUAGGUCGACUUUCAACACAAGUGAAAUAUUUUGUCAAUAUUUUGUAACGAACAGUCACGGUGCUCUAUGUUCUAAUUGAAUAUGCAUCAGCGGUCUUUCGGGUUUUAGCUUGUGUAUAAUAAGCAUUACGCAUAUUGCAUACAAUCAACGCGGUAAAAAUAAAUCAUAUUUUCAUACAAAAACAAAUAGUAACAAUGACAGCGUUAACGAAGAAAAUCGUUCAUUAAUUUUAUUGUAUUGCAUAUAAGCAAAUAAGUAACUAUGGGUAAACUCUGAAGGUUAAGUGCCCGUAUCACUUGAGUAUUUUGAUACAUAAAACUUGUUUUUAAUAUAUAGUAUAGUUGACAGUAAAUAUUAAGUUAAAUGUUAUUCGGAAUUAAUUUUUUUUCUAUUCCUUUAUAUAAGAACAACAGCAGCGAUAAGAAAAUUCUUGUUUUACUGUCCGUUUUUUUUUUUCUAGAAGUUGUUCAAUAGUACUAAAUUACUAAUACGUUAUUAUCGUUGACCAAGUGUAGACGUACGUUACUGUGCUCGUAAUAUAUAGGUAUUUUAUUUCAAUAAUAUUUUGUUAAAACAGUGGUGUUUUAAAUCGAGUUUUAAACAUACCGAAAUAUAUCAUUACGUUUACAUACUCAAAAAGUUUUAAUUUUAAGUAAUAUUAUAUAAUUUAUUAUUUCAUAGGUAGGUACCGAGAACAUUGAUAUAUUUGGUGUAAAAUCCUAUAGGUAGGUACCUACAAUAAUAUUUUAGAAUUAUAUAGUAUAGUCUUAGGAUUUGAGCAAAUAUUUAAUUAUAUCAUAUAAAUAUUUAGGGUUUAAAGGUGUCUAACUAUUCAAUUACUUAACGUACAUGUAAGUAGGAUAAUAUUUAAUACCUUUAGGUUUUCGUAUACAACUAUCGAAUGAUAACGUUCGAUGAAAAGUUAUAUUGUAGUUUGAAACUUUUCAUCUGUCGAUAAUUCAACAUAAUUAUAAAAAUAUCACGCUUUAAUUAUGUUAUAGUUAAGUAUAACUAUUAAUAUCUACGCAUAUCCUGUAUUCAAAAUUAAUAAAAUAUAUCAAUAAGUAUCACCCUGUAGUGAUCCAUUUAAGUGGCUAUUCCCGAUAUUUCGAAAAGUAUUCUUUUUCAAAGCAUUUUUUUUUUUUUUUUUGUGAUUAUUUAAGAAACAAGCAGCUUUGGUCUGCUUGGUCACGACUUUAGUCAGUUUAUAAAUAAAUAAAAAUUGAUCACUUUGUGAAUAGCUGUUACCUUUAUCUUUAUAUUGGUUUUAAUUCAUUUGGAAUUAUACCUACAUAUGUAUACCUAAUAUCAAAUUGAAUAACAAAAAAAAAGUUAAAUUUUAUCAGGAAUUAUGCAGAAGUAAAUGUACACCUUUAUUAGUUAUAUAUAAUAUAUUUAACUCCUUCAAUAUAUUAUAUAGGUAUACCUAUAUAAUUAUUAUAUAACUUCUGUCUUUAAAUUAUUAUUAUUACACAUUUGUAUUUUUUUUUGCUCAAGAGUAGGUAAUAAUAAACAGUCUUAGCAAAUUAACGUGACCUCUAAAAUGUAAUUAAAUUAUAGCUGACAUAGUUAUAUUUAUUAUUAAUGUAACGUCUACAAUUGCUCUAUAUAAAAAUAACUCUAGAAAAAAAUACUUUCUCGAUUCAAACUACGUCUCGAUGUUUACGAAAAUAUUAAAAUUAAACAAAAUAUUUAUCAAAUAUGCUGAUUAAUAUGUUAUGCAAUAAUAUACCUAGCAUUAAUUAUCGAAAAAUUGGUUUAAAUUUUAAUACACAUUAUAAAAUAGGUACCAAAUAAUUUACGAAUUGAAAUUUAAACUUAAAAAGAUUAGUAUUGAAAAUAAAAUAAAAAUUAUUUUUGCUAUGGAUACCUAUAAAUAAUUAGGUUAGAUUAGGUACCCACCUAUCUAUAUAUAUGUUUAUUUGUUUAUUUUAAUUCACACGGAUUAAGUGUUUAAUUUACGAUAUAUUACGAUAAUAUAUACUGUUGUAUUUAUGUACUGGUAUUGUAUCUAGAUUGUUUUUAACAAAAGUAGUAUAGUAGCAAUUAUUUUUAACACGUAUAAUAUUAUAAUAUGUAAACUACACAUUUUAUUUCAGAAAAAAAAAACGAUAAUUUCAUCACUACCUUCUAAUAUUUUAUAAUCUAGUCGAAUAUGUAUUAAGUAUUUAAAUAAACCAGUUAAACAACUUCUAUUGCGAUAUUAUUUUGUGUUUUACUAAUAUUUCAUAGCUAAUAAAAAAAAUAGCUGAUACUGGAGAUGGGAGCGGCCACUGUUGUAGGCGAGAAGUUGGGAAGGUAGGAUGCAUAAAGUUAUUUCAUUUAUAUCUGAAAGCAACGAUAAACCAUUGCUUGUUAAAAGACGAUUCCGAGCGCAGUUCGGUAAUACAUAAUUUGAAGUUUCGUAAUUUUUUUUUUUGCGAUUUUGGUUUAAAUUUGAUUUCAAAAGGCUUAUAAAAAAAAAAGUCAUCCGAUGAUUUUGGAAAUUUUACCACGUCUAGGUAAGCCUAAUAUAAGUAUUAUUAUUAAGUUUCUACGUUUAUUUAUAACCGAAUUACAGCAAAAAAACUCCCCCAAAAUUCCCCUGUCAUACAAAACCAAAUAGUGUUUGAAUCACCACAAUCUUAUUUAAAUUUAACAGUUUUAUUUUUUUUAAUAGAAACAAAAUAUAUCAUCUUAUUAUCUUUAAACUAAUAACUGUAGGUAGAUAUAAUUUUAUUACGUUUUAAAUUAUGAAUGUAGUAAAGAAAAUAUUCGUUUUACUAAGAUAUGUUUUUUUUCAAAAAAAUCUUUUUUAUGUAGUUCAGAUCUGUUCAUGUCAUACUUAAAAAAAUGCGAUUUUUUUACCCGAUGGUUCUUUAAUUUGAAAUUUCAAAUUAUUCUUUCAUUAUUUACUUAAUGCUUAUUAUAUUUUUUUUUAUUUUCCACUUUUUGCCGAGCAAACUGAAAGCUGAUCAGAUUUUUCACGCAGUACAUUAAAAAAUGCAAAACUUUAAAUGCAUAAUGUAUUAAAACGAGAAUUUGAAUUCUUAUAUUCUCAGUUAUAAAAUUCAUUAACGCGUAUUAUGUAUUGGUAUAGUACUAUAAUAGUCGUUAUCAUAUACAAGGUACAUAAGUUAUAGUGACGUGUAGAACAUUUAUUCUGUUUGUGUAUGAGGUCCAAAAAUGUGUCUCUUAGUCGUCUUACAGACGGGAUAAGUACAAUUGUUCAAAAAUGAUAAGGAUAAAUGAUAACUGUCUUAAAGCGUUAUUUUUAUACCUAUAUUUAAAUUUCUAAUAUUUGAAUACUAAAUAAAACUAUAUUUUAAUUGUACAAUUUCUUUGUUUAUAGGGAGGUUUCGAUCAAAACUUAUAUUAAUUAGCUCCAUUAGCUCAUUUCGGACUUUGAAACGAAAAUAAAUACCGAUUUGUUAUGGGAAACCACGUUGAGUAAGAUUUUAUUUCGUGUACUUAAUGUGUUACUACUAUACGAUCGGGUAGCGUUACCAAAAACGGUUUUUAUCAUGUUCGAAUAACUGUUUCACGGCGUUACAAAUCAACUAGUAAUACAUUUUGUUAUAGUAGGUAUUACCUACUUCGAAUUCAUUGUUUUUAUUUUGGUUAAGGCUUGGGAUGGGAAAAACGACUUACCCGAAUGAUUCGAAUCAUUUGAAUCGAUUCGCUAAAAUAAUUAGGAUAUAUCUUCUAUGUUAUCAUAAAUCUUGAAUAGAUCAAUGAAUUAUUUAAAUGAUUCGAAACGGUCCGGAUUUACGAAGUUGAUUAUAGGGAAUUUUAUGAUGAUUUACAUAAUCUGUGCGUAAGUCCCGUUUAUGUGUGCUUAUAGUUGGUCGUACAAAUAUCUAUUAUAAGUAUUAUCUAAUAAUCGGUACUAGGUUAUGGACUCACAGUGACUCAUGAUUCAAUGAUUCAAAUAAAGAUAGAAACGAGUUCAUAGAAUGGAUCGUUCUCGGUUAUCGAAUCUGAAUCAAUUCAUUAGUUUAAAUGAUUCGUUCAAUUUUGAAGUUUGAAUGAAUCGUUCACGAACGAUCAAUACCUAAAGUUGAGGCACAGGCUUUAGCACGCAUUAAAUGCAAAAGACAAAAAACAAUAUUAUUAUUGUAAAAUUUUUUAGAAAUUCUUAUAAACAGAUGUUGUGGAAUUUUAAAAAUGUAUUCGUCCCAAAUGUAAUAAUAAUUUCUGGCGAAUUAUAACCGCAUAAAAUUGAAUUGAAUUCGUUUUUCAUAUGAGAUCAACAGACUAUAUUUGGUAAAUGAAAACAAAUGCUUAUAAACACCUCAUGAGAUGGAUUUUGUAUAGGUAUGUUUUAACUAAAGCCGAUUUGAAUCAUCUAAUUAGUUUUAAACAUCCAUUCCAAUGCUACGGUGUUAUUACCUACUGUUAUGUAUACUUACUCCAAUACUAUUAUAUUUUUAUGAGAAAUCAAAAAUGUUUUCGUUUUAAUAACAUUUUAUUCUUGUAAACAAGAUUUCGAUUAGAAAACUAAAUAAUUGUAUCUGUUAUCAAACAAAAUACAAAAAAUUACUCGUGAAAUUUCGCAUUCGAAUGUAGUCGAUUCGUUGAAGGUCAUUAGUUGAAAUUCUUUGUGAUUUUCUUAGAGCAAUACGAGUAAAAACCAAUACAAAUUUUACAUCAAAUUACAUUAAAUAUUUACUAGUAUGAAAUGUUACGAAAUUAUUUAGAAUGUUUACGGUCAAACCGUUUCAUAAAUGCACGAUUGCAUAUGAACUUAACCACAAAAAUAUCACUGUGCUAUAUACACUAGCUCUAUUCGAGUUAUUCGAAUUUAAAAAAAAUUAAAAUUAUAUAAUUAUUAAAACAAUAAUAAUAAUAACUUUUUUCGUAUAGGUAUAGAAUACUGAUAUUGAAAAAAUAACGGUGACCGCAGCGCAACAAUUAUGUUUUCAUAGUGAAAUUCUGUUUUUAUUAUUUAUUUAUUGUUACUCGCGAAACUCCUAACAACUUGAAGGUCAAUUUUUGUGUUUAAUGUUUAUCCUUGUCUUAGCCAUAGACUAAUCGAUUUCGAUACAUACUGUGUGAUAAUAUUGUUAGCGGAAUAACAAUAAUUUCCAUGCUCGGGCGGUUAACGGGUAGCGAGUCUCCUCGCUGAAACAGUAUUUAUUAUGUGUAUAAUAUUAUACUCGUCGUAGGUUUCAGCCGAUCAUUAAUAAUUAUUGUAAAUCAUCAAAGACUAGGUGCCCGAUAAUUUUCAUAAUGCGUAUUGAACAUAUCUAUAUGCAGUGCCGUAGAAAAUAUAUAUGUUAUAGGUACCCUGCAAAAAAAGUAAAAGACGGUUUCGCGUUGCGUAUACGAUUAAGCGAUGGCGACACAAUGACAUAGAAUUAAUCAUUUUUUUUUUUUUUUUAAUAUACACUGUUAUGAAUAUUAUAUAAACGGGUAAUUUAUUGCAAUUUUUUUUUUUACGAAUCGUUCUUAACGUCGUUGCAGACUUGCAGUGCGUCAUGUUCAUAAUAUAACACGAAUGUGUAACGAUUAUCAAAACUACGUAUACGUAUAUUAUGAGCAUACAUUAUAGGUACCUACGUGAUUUUUGUCUUACGGACGGUUUCCGUCGUGUGCGACGACGUGGGGAGAACGGCCUCGUAAUUUGUAAUAACAGUAUUAUUAUACAGAGUCGACAUAGAGGUUAUUAUCGAUAUUCGUUAAUGAAUUUAUUAAUGACACGCUAAUUAAUAAUAGCACAAAAAAAAACCCGUGUGUAAAACACACUGUCGUAAAUUAUAUACCUACGCGAAACUUAAGUGUAAACCGUCGAACCGUCCGAACCUAUACGUGGACAGUUCCGACGGUAUCUCCCUAUUUAAAGGGUCUUGUAUAAUCAAUUUUCUCGAAAUUUUGGGAAAAAUAAAAUUUUAUCAAUUCAAAAAUAUACAAAUCAACUUUGAAAUACGUUUACGAGUAGUUCCGAUAUUUAAAUUAUGUAUUGUGCAAUCGUGUGAAAUUAUCAAAAUAUUUACGAAAAACCGUUCGCGUUGUCGAAAACUAUACUCGGGCUAUGAACCUUAUUAUGAAACCGGAUUUUCAUCAUUUAAUAAAACAAAACAAAAACUUGGACUGUAUCACGAUGGUUUUAGUUUUUAGAUUACAAGAUUACGAAAUAAGUUAUUCGAGUUUGAAAAACUCAAAAUUCUCAGAUUUUUUAUUUAUCAGAAUUUGUUUGUAGUAUCAAAAAAAUAAGACCAUCGUUGUACAAUGGAAGUUCUCUGUAUGGACAAGGUAGCGCGUGCCUACUGUCUAGGAUUAGGUAAUGACGGGAAUUAUUUUUUAUCCCUAUAGCCUAAUAUGUGUUAUUGUAUUCCAAAAUAAUGUGUACCUAUUAUAAUUCAUAAAUAAUAAAUAGUUGUGUACCACAAAUUCGUAAAAUUUGAAUCACUUUCACUUUUUUCAAUUUAUUAAAGUGAUUAAGUCGUUAAAGUAACCACGGGUUAGGUGAUAUUUGAAUGGUCACUGAUAAUGGCAUCACGUGGGUGUUGAUAACUCAUUUCGCACACAAAUACGUUCACAAAAUAUAGAAUGUGACUUUUAACAACGCUUACAAUAUUACCCCAUUUAUACCGACAAAAAGUAAAGAAUUGAAUGAGGUUUUUAAAAAUGUAUUGUUUUACUAUAAUAAUAAUUUUAAUAAUUUGUUUGUUUGUAUUAUGUGAAGGAGAGGGUGAGGCUAAGUCUAGUUGUAAAUUAUUUUAUAACAGAAUUUAAUGAACAUAUCCAUGGAACGUUGCAAAAUAACAAACUUGUUAGAUUUUCGUAAAACCGAAUAAAUCUAUUAACUAUAGUAAAGUUCAUUAGGUAAUUUUGUAACGCGAGAAGGAGCAACUUGGGUAUUCAACUCAGUAUAAUUUUUAGUCGCGUUUUAAGAGGACUUUAUACCCGCAUUUACUAUCUCAGUCCAACUACCGGGUAAUAUACAAAACAAUGUUUUCGCAGAAUAAGUAAAACUAGGUUAAUCUUGAUUUUAGAGUAAAAAAGUACUUAUUAUGAAAUACAUAGAGAGCGAUAUUUUUUUGAGAGUAUGUCAUGGGUGAUGGGUAUUUUUGAAUUAUGAACUAUUAAAAAAGAAAAAAAAUAAAGGUUUUUGUACCUUUGAUAUCGAGCUAUAUAUUUUGAAUAAUACAAAAACCCUAUGAAAUUCCUUCCAAAAUGUUGUUUUCUAUACAUUUCAUAAUUGGUACUUUUACUCUAAAAUCGAAAUUAAGGUAGUUUUACUUAUUCUGCUUAAGCAUUGUUUUUGCAUGUUUCCCGGUAGUUGGACUGAGACAGUAGAUGCGGGUAUAACGUCCUCUUAAGUUGUCGUUUUGAUCUCUGAUUGAUCUCUGAUUUUUGGGACUGGGGAAAUAAUAACAGCAUAUCAAAUUAUAUACCCUUACCUGCUGUUGUUCGUAUGACUACAGAUCAUCAGUAGUGUUCAAUUUUCGAUUUUCUUAUUUUCCAGCCGAUUUCUAUGAAUUUUAAUGAUAGUUUUAAAUUUUAAAAAUAAAAAUAUAAAAAAAGAACGGGCAUACUUUUCACGCGGGUGUAGCCACUGUUGUAAGUGAAAAGUUGGGAAGGAAGGAUACAGACGGGAAUUUAAUGUAUAUCUGUAAGCAACGAUAAAUCAUUGCUAACGAAAAAACGAUUCUAAGCAGAGUUCAAAACAAUAAAAACUUAAUAAUAACAAAAAAUAAAUAAAAACUUUUGUCAAUGAUACCCUUAUUUUUAAUAUUGCAAUCAUUUUUAACUUAAAGACCAGGUUUUCCUCAUUAUCUCGAAUAUUAAUGAGAGUUUCAAAAAAUGACUUCUCUAAAGUCUAAAGUACCAUCCAGAGAACAUUUACUUUCAGAAAAGGUGCUAUUCUUGAUAAUCGGAGUAAGUUUUCUUGUAGAAAAAGUGUUCACACACUUAUGUGAAUACAUAAAAAAAAAAUAAUAAUAAAUAAAUAAAUAAGUAAACAUCAUUGUAAAACCAAUACAUUCCUCGCUUCACCCAAAAUCUAAAAUCGUUAUUAAAGUUAAACUUCAGUGAAAUAUGUACACCUAUUAUUAAUAUGUACAACUCUUUGUGAGUUGGAAAAUGUGAAAAGCCUUUCCUUUCAUUAUCAGCUAACAAAUUUGAUAAGUUUGUCUCUGUCUACCUAUAAUAUUAAACUGACUCCACUGACUUCCACGUUCUGUUUGAAUAUAUAAGGGCCGCCCAAAGGGUAGAGUAAGGUUGCGUCAACAUUUGGAAUGAUAAUGUCUGAACGGUGCUUUAGUAAUUUUUCGUUAAUGUGUUUUAAAAAUUAAAUUUAAAAAAAAAUACAUUGGUAAGAAUUGAAUUGAAUUGAAUAUUGUUUUUAAUUUAUUCGUACGCAUUUAAUUGACCGCAGGCAUGCAGCCUGUAUAUUACAUUUUAAAAAACUGAAUUGCGAACAAUUUUAACUGUCUGGAUUUUCACCCGAACUAGUUCGGUUAACAAAUGGUUAAUAUGUAUUCUUUUUUUUCCCAGGCGAGCGUAACGUCAAAGACGAAGGGCGGAUCCCGCGGCUUCACGUCCGCCGCCGUGACCUUCUUCGUCCUGGUGAUGUGGGCCGCAACGAUUGUACAGUUGGCUGCUCGGUCGUCGGCCGCCGCCGCGCAACAAGCGGUCAAGUUCCAGAGUGUCCGAGCGCCCCGUGUUUACAACGCCUUGAUCACCACUGAUCACCGUUUGUUACCGAGCCGCGUGGAUCCGAUUGUCACUCCUGUGUUCCAGCCGUUCCGGUACUAUUACGACUGGCCCGGAUUGUACGCGGCUUCCGCCUCCGGCACCCCAGCUGUCCGGUCCGCCAACGAGCGGUUCGAAGAUGGCGAUGCGGAGGACGCAACCGGCGCCGCAGCUUCCACCGGAACCGAUGAACGUGCGACGCCGCCCGAGCAGGACGGCCGCGUUGGGCCCCGACUGCCAUUCGUCAAGAACAACGGGCCAGCGGCCGACUCUCUGGUGCCGGACGUACCGCCACCGCCGCUCCCGGUGUCCACGGCCAGCAACAAGAAUAAAAAGAAACCGGAAGAAUAUCCACCUCCCCCCGUCGGUUUCGCCAUGUGAACUUCCUUCGCAUAUCAAUUCCCUCUAGCCACUGCAGCCGAUCCCACUGUUUAUCGCAACAACAUAAUAUCGUGUAUUCGUGUAUAAUAUGUAAUAUACAAUCCGGAAUUUCGUUACUAUAUAAUAUUAUACAGUUAUUGCGGUUACUAUUUCCUCCCCAUAUUUUGCGCUUUGGUGGUUAUAAAAAAGGAAAUCCCUGUAUAGAAGGUUACACAUUUAUCGGGCCACUAAUAUUAUUUUUUUGGACAUCAGCUCCAAUAUAAAUAGGGUGACUGCAAUAAUUCUGAGUUGUCACAUUCCUUCAGUCCCUCUUACAAUACAGAAUUAUAACGCUGCUUCUCCUAUUAAAAUAUGAUUGGAGGGUUGGUCGCUAUUUCUUUAACUCCGGUUAUUAAACUUACUAAUCGGGUUUGUAACCGCGUUAAAACGGUUUGUUGGGUAGUAUAUGUAGUAACGAAUUUCCGGAUCGAUGCAAUCGCGUAAAAGGUUUAGAAAAAAAAAAAAAAAAAAAAGGAAACUAAAACAUCGCUUAUACUCCGCUGGAGUGAUUUCGUUACGCGUACCGCGUAAGCGAAAUUAUAAAAAUGCCGAUUGUCGAUACGUACCCAUAUUCGGAGUUCUGUGACUAAAAACCAAUAAAAUAUUAAUUUUUAAUUAUAAGGAAUUAUUAUAACUAAAAUAUGUAUAGUUAAUUAAAUUAUUUUAAUGUACUGACGUUCGCGUUAUUUUGUUUCCAAAAGGCAUCGGCAUAUGGUUUUGUAGAACCGAAAAUUUCAAUCAAAAAAACUUUUCAAAUUUUUUUUGAAUACCCAGAGAAACGGAACGUAACAUAGUUACCUAAUAUUGUAUUUCUUUUCAAAUGUUUUCGCAGUUUAUGCGAUAAAGGAAUGUUGAUUAUUUUUUUUACUGAAUUAUUAUAGAUAUAAUUUUUUUUUUUUUAAACUUUUAUGAUGAUAUUUUGUGCGUGUAAAUAAUAUAAUACUUAUGUAAUUUGUACGCUCCGUUUACCCAUUUACAGCGAAAAUAGCAUAUUAAUUUAUUUAUUUUUAUACCUAUUGAAUUCGUUUGUAUAUUAUAUUUCGCAUACCUAUGUAACGCUGUGACGUGCGUAAGAUUCACAAACAUAAUCAAAAUAUUGUUUAUUUGGUUAAUUUUACUGUAAACUCAUGGUAAUAUGUGAUGUGAUUAAUUAAUGUUAUUUAUGUUAUCGACCGAUCGGUAACUGUAACCAUUAUUUUAUUUUAUUAUUUUUUUUUAUCAAAACGUCGUUUUGUUUAGAUUUAAGUUAAAUACAAUCAAACUUGAGCCGAUCAAAAAACGUGUAUUUUCACUUUUAUUAACACUUUGAUUAAUAAUAUGUAUACAUUAAUAUAUUUACGUUUUAUAGGUAUAUAUCUAUACGGUCUUAUAAAUUGUAAUUGUACAUAAGAUGUAUCCUUAUACACAUAUAAAAGAACAUGCUUUUUUUAGGUUCCAAUUUUGUGACGACACUAUUUAACUUUUUCCUGAUUUUUUUUCCACAGAGUUGUUCCAAAUACUCUCUCAAGUGUCACCGUGGCGCCCGAUUUUUCCAUUUUUUUUUGUCUGAUGAGUGGGAAAGGGGGGGUAUGUAUAUGAAAUUCUAUAGGUCGGAUGCGAACAACACACAAACGUGAAAUUUGAAUUCUCCUAUGUUAUAUAAUGGGGCUAGCUAGGCUCCGUGUCGCUUCUCUUACAAAAAAUGUAAUUAAAGCUGAAAUGUUGAUCGAAUGUGCUAAGGGAGAAAUACCAUUAUACCCCAAGGAUUUUUGAGUUCAGUUCAGAAGAGUUCAGUUUCCAAUAAAAGUUUAUUUUGCUACGACAAUAAACAAAACGCAAGGUUAGACUUUAACUUCUUUAACUUAUUAUGGUGUAGAUUUAGAAAAUAACUGUUCCUCACACGGACAAUUGUGUGCAGCAUUUUCUAGAGUUUGGAGAUGUGACCAUUUAUAUGUUUAUGUACCACAAAAUAACACUCUGCAUAUGCUACACCAAGAAGUUUUGACUUAAGUAAUUUAAGAAUUGAGUAACUCAGUAAAUAUUUAUAAAUAAAGUUAAACUAUACAAAUUAUAAUUAAAUUAUAGAAUCAUUUUAAUAAUAAUAUGUGUAUUGAAUUAUUGGAAUUAUUUGUAAAUCUUAUUAUUAUUUUAGAUUCCAAAUGGAUCGAAGAAGCUCAUGGUUUUAUAAAGGUAGAUUUUUUUUUUAUCUGUGUGCAACUUUUAUACCAGAAGAAUUCCUCAAAUUUCUACGUAUAGCAUUUUUUCUGAAAGGAAAUCGGUUUAAGAAGGUAUUUUAAGGAGGUCGUUUUUCGAUGUUUUAAUCCAGAGUUUUCUCAUCGAAUAUGAAAAACCGAAAAUAAGAACGGGAAAAUAGGGAAAAUAUAAGAACGGUAAGUAUUAGUUAAAAUAUAUUACGGUCUUCUUUUUUUCUGUGCACAACUUUUCUUCCAAAAAUUUUGCCUCUAACUUAUAAUGUUAGCUAUGUAUCUAAAACGAAAUUUUACUAGGGAGGUACUUUAGAGAGGUUAUUUCUUGAUUUUCCCAAGAGUUUUCCCAGCAAACGUGAAAAAUCUGGAUAGAACACCGGGAAACUGAGGAAAAUGCAGGAGAACUGGGAAAAUCGUACGUUAUUAUAAUAUUGUGUGCGCGCAGGUAUCUGGUAUCUGAUAUCAGGUAUCUGCUGCAGUGUGGCGCGAGAAGAUAAAAUCGCUGCGUUUGGGGUGACUGCACUCAUCGUGCGAAGUACAUCCGUUUUUUUAAUAUCGCUUUUACCGAUGAUUACAAUUUUAAUUUCAUUACCAAUAAUAAAAAAAAAAAAAAAUGCUAUUAUUUCAUAUACCUACUGGCUACUUUAGGUAAUUAUAAAAACAAUACAACGCUUUACAAUGUCAAAUUAAUAACUAACGUAACACAAUUGUAUUUUAUUUUAUAUAUAUAUAUAUAUAUAAUACGG